GCUGCCCGUACACGCGUCAAACUGCGGUGGAGUUUGUAGGUUGGGGAGGGGUUUUGCCGGGUUGGAUUGGGGAGCACGUUUCUCGUCCAACCCGAAACUCUCUAUAAAUUCCGAAACUCUAAAAUUCAGGGCUUUCUUUCAUCUCUCUCGUUCGCUCAUUUGCCGAUUUUAUACGUUUCUUUAUUUGCCCCUUUUUUAUUUUACCUAAUUGGCCGCUUCCUUCGCGAUUCUCCGCCAUAGCUUUUUUUCCUAUUAUUUCCGAUUUUCUGCGCAGCCAGUUUCUUGCGGAUUAAGGUUUCCUGCAUCCGCCCCUGCAUUUCGAAGACUGCUGGCGCUUCGGAUCAAAAUUUCUUCAACCUGGAGCUGUUAAUGGUAUGCAACUACCAGUCACAUAUUUUCGGGGUCAUCUGAAGAAGUUAUAAUAGAUUUAUACACUUGUUUAUUUGUGAUAACAUUAUUUCGUACGACGGGGUUACAAAUCUGGAUCCAAUGGACCUCAAAUCAAAUCAUGCUUCUCCCGUUCUUGCUGAUCCUCCACCCUUGAGCAAGUCAAGACUUGGUGGCGUCCAUACCAGCCUGUUACCAUAUUCAACUCCAGGAGCAGCUUUCCCUGGAGGUCUAUACCUAACAAUCCCUAGGAAAAAGAACGCAUUACUUGAUGACGUUCGCUCUAGCUCUUGGCUCGAUGCCAUGAAAGCUUCAUCGCCUCCUCACAGAAAGAUAACGAAGGAUGUUAACAAUGAGUCUGGGGCAACAGAUGCUGAUAUAUCUUAUCACACAUGGAUGGUCAGGUAUCCAUCCGCACUUGCAUCUUUCGAGCAAAUCUCUAAUUAUGCCAAGGGCAAGAGAAUAGCAUUGUUUCUUGAUUAUGACGGGACUCUUUCACCAAUUGUAGAUAACCCUGACUGUGCCUUUAUGUCUGAUGCCAUGCGUGCAUCCGUAAGAAAGGUAGCAAAACAUUUCCCAACAGCAAUUAUCAGUGGAAGAAGCCAUGACAAGGUAUACGAGUUUGUAAAACUAAAUGAACUCUAUUAUGCGGGUAGUCAUGGGAUGGACAUAAUGGCCCCGGUUAUACAAACUAUAAACGAUGACCAGAGAAACUGUUUUAAGUCAACUGACAAAAAGGGUAAGGCGGUUAAUUUGUUCCAGCCUGCAGCUGAAUUUUUACCGACGAUUAGAGAGGUAUUUAAAUUGCUCGUUGAAAGUACGAAAGACAUUGAAGGAGCUAUAGUUGAGGAUAAUAAGUUCUGUGUCUCUGUACAUUACCGCAAUGUAGAUGAGAAGAGUUGGCCUGCGGUUCUGCAAUGCGUCCAUGAAAUUCUUAAAGACUACCCUCGUUUGCGCUUGACUCAUGGGCGAAAGGUUUUAGAGGUUCGACCUACAAUAAACUGGGACAAGGGGAAGGCCGUCACGUUUUUACUCGAAUCUCUUGGACUAAGUAAUUGCGAAGAUGUUCUUCCAAUAUAUAUUGGCGACGACCGCACAGAUGAAGAUGCAUUCAAGGUCUUGAGGGAAGGAAACCAAGGUUACGGCAUUUUAGUCUCGGCCGAGCCCAAGGACAGCAAUGCAUUUUACUCUCUCCGGGAUCCCUCGGAGGUAAUGGAGUUUCUUAAGUCACUGGUUAUAUGGAGGAAGUCAAGUGCUCUAUAAAAAUUACUGCAUAGAUAAUUACAUAGAAGACAUAAUCUUGACAUGCUUGUACGACGAAAACAGGCUGGACGGACUGCUUUUUUUUACGUUUUUUCUAGAUAAGUAUACUCCAAGAGGUUUGGGGAAGCAGGCCGGCAUGGAAGAACGCUUGCUGGUCUCUGUUCGUCGCUUCUUGCCCUUUUUUGGCCGUGAAAAGCUUUGUGCCUUAAUUGUAAAUGCCUUCGGUUAAUUUAUCUUCUGGUUUUACCAAUUAAGGCGCCUUCAUUUUUUCUCUUUCUUUCGUUCUCAAUGUAUUAAUUAUUUCAUUCCUUUUUAUUUUCCUCGAUUCCUCUUGGAUUUUGGAUUUUGAUUCUUUUAAUUACAUGAAACACAUGCAUCAUGUUGUAAUUUUCCUUCCUUUAUGAUAAUGUGAUAUUCUGAUA